AGCGUUUGCAUGCCCGCGCAGGCCCGUUCAAAGGUUGUCACUCAGUCGCAGUCUCAGUCUCAGUCUCAGUCCCGACUCCCAUCUCAUCCCACACACUCUUACUCACACCCGACCCGAGCCUCACAUCCGGACCGCUGCCGUUGUUCUCACUUGCUGCCGUGUCACAGAACUCGACUCAAGGUAUCUAGUCAAGACGGAGCCUUCUUCACUCUUUGCUCGGCUUCGACUUGGCUUUAUUCAACUUCAUCCCCCCGGUCUCUCCCACACACUCCAUACAACGACACAUCCCCCAACUGCAUCGUCAUCGGCAUCAACUCUCGGUCCACGGUCGACCGUCCAAGCUCAGCAGAUUCAAGCGACGCUGAUCAUCGCCUGAACCUUCCUUUCUGUACGCUUCGAGUAUUCGACUCCCUCCUCGAGCUGGAACUACUACACUUUACUUUCCACCCUCUCUAAGCUCGAUUCCCCCUGCAGGCCUCAUCCACCGGAUUACUUCUGCUGAAAA